UUGAAAAUAUCCUCGUGUUAUGUCAACAAUUUUUUCGAUAGUGCGUUGAAAUUAAAUAUGUAUAAACUUAUAGAUCAAAUAAAGUACGAAACGACGAUGACGAGUACCCUCCACUUUACACUGAAAGUUAUAAUUUGGCAUAUUUUGAUAAAUUGUUGUACCUGUAGCAACUCAAGUUGUAGUCUUCCACAACACCCAGAAUUCGGUCGAUGGACAAUCUACGACGCUUCCUCCGAGUUGUCGAUUGGGAAGUCAGUACCGGAACGAACAAUCUUAGAAAUACGUUGCAACAAGAAUUAUAGACUAGACGGUGAUGAUUCCACUACUUGUUUCCGAGGGACGUGGAAACCCCAAAUUGGACAAUGUUUACGGACGUGCCCCACCAUAAACAGCACUUUGGCAAUGACAGUAACUUGCACCCAUAACCACCAAACACUGGAAUCUUGUGCUAAUGUUUUUGAUAGCACAACUGCGUACUUUCAUUGUGCUCGCUAUUUCGAGUUCCAGACUCCGGGGGAAGUACCGUCUCGACUGUGCUCCAACGGGAACUGGGUUGGGAGUUUACCUACCUGCGUACCCAUAUGCGGCCAACCGUCGCCUGUAGUAGAUCCUACACUAAUUACGGGAGGGACGAGAGCAGAAAGGGGUAAAUAUCCAUGGCAGAUCGCUUUAUACAACGCCAAGAGCAAAAUUUUGCUUUGUGGUGGGACGCUGCUGAAUCAAAGAGUCGUGUCAACAGCGGCACACUGCAUAACAGAUAAUGGGGGACACCUAGAACCAAAAGAGAACUAUAUAGUGGCAGCUGGAAAGUACUUUCGACAGUACGAUCAUCCUGACGAUGCAGCAGUGGCGCAGUUUUCUCCCAUACUUGAAAUGUUCAUUCCGUUUCAUUACAAAGGCCACGCUCGAAAUUUUGCCGGGGACAUUGCUCUUAUAGUCACGACAAAAAUCUUCGACUUGACCAUCAACGUUCGACCCAUAUGUGUGAUAUGGGACACCACACGCUGUAAAGCGCUUUUAGACCCCACGAAAACAAAAAGUGCCUAUGUCAGCGGUUGGGGUUAUACUCGCGAGUUCACAGACCCUUCCGAUGUUCUUAAAGAAUUAGAACUUCCACUCAUCAGCGACGAAAAGUGCAUCGAGGAACUACCCGAAGACGAUAUAGAAUAUGUGACUGACGAUAAGUUUUGUGCUGGCUUUUUAAACUCUAACACUUCGGUGUGUAAAGGCGAUAGUGGUGGAGGUUUGGUGGUGAAACUCGACAGACGGUACUACAUUAUUGGAAUUGUGAGUCUUUCACCUCGAGGGGGGACACAACAUGGUGGCUGUAACAGCCAACUAUACACUCUUUAUACUAAAUUUUCCACGUACGUUGAAGACUUUGUCAGGAAAAAAGAAGCCCAAUUUAGACCUCGUUUUGAUUGUCAAGUUAUUUCUGACUGUAACAACGUUAGUAACGUUACACUGACCACAGAAUCUCCAGUAGUUACAACAACGACUACAAAAACGCCCAAAGGACGCUGCAUUUUACCGAAUCAUCCAGAAUUUGGUGAGUGGAACAUUACCGAAUCGAAAGGACUUGAACCUGGAAUGUCAGUGAAACGAGGAAUUCGUCUAAGGGUAAAAUGCCAUAAACAUUUCAAAUACGCUGGACGACGAAAAAUAUAUUGCAAAAAGGGCAAAUGGACAUCGGUGAUUGGACAAUGUUUAAAAGUAUGUCCACCUAUACUUAGCACACCAAUUAUGCAAGUCACCUGUUCCUAUAAAGGCAAAGAAAUCGAAAAUUGUACUCGAGCUGUGGAAGGCACCACUGCCAAGUUUCAGUGUGGCGACCUUUACGAAGACGUGCAGUUGAAAACUAGAUCCGUUAACAUCUGCACUGGUGGGGUAUGGAGUCAGCCAAAUCCUCAGUGUGUACCAGCAUGCGGUCGAAAGCCAACUAAUUUUUCUUCCACGAAGAGAAAUGUUUACCCAUGGCACGUGUCUAUAUAUAACGUACAAAAAGAACCUGCUUGUAGUGGAUCUCUCCUAAGCCAAAAACUUAUACUCACAAUUGGAGAUUGCGUCACUGAUCUCACAGGAAACUUGAUACCUAAGGAAUUUUACACCGUAGCUGUUGGAAAAAAUUACAAGGAAUUCGACGACUUCAGAGACACUGAGGCUCAAUUGUCGCAAGUGGAUGAAAUAUUCAUACCUACAGUAUACGACCGUGACGGUGGAUUUGCUAACAUUGCUCUUUUAGUUGCAAAAAAAGCGUUCGUUUUGUCGCUGAUAGUCCAGCCGGUGUGCUUAGACCUAAGCCAGAGUUACAAACCUUCAGAGAAUCAAUCCCUUUACAUCAGCAGUUGGGAUGUCCAGGACCACAACUCCACCAACGGUUCUAAAGAACUUGUGACUCGGUUUUUUUCGCGUUCGAAGUGUCGUUCUAGUGACUCUACAUAUUUGCGUUACUUUUUAAAAUCAGACCAGCUGUGUGUGCCUUGUCCAAACGAUGUCAAUUUGAGGGAGCACGAAAUAGAUAACAAGAAAUAUUUUGGCGUAUCAACCAAGUGCAUCUACGAGAAAGGUAGUGGCGUUUUGGUUGAACACGACGACAAGUACUACGUCACUGGUGUUGCUACUUCUGAUGUGGCAAGCCCUGAUUUGCUAGCCCGGUGUGGUAACGCUGAUCUUAUUCUUUACACGGAUAUUUCGGAUUAUAUAAGUACUUUUAUUUUAACAAAAUUUCAAAAAUUAGCAAUCAAUUAACAAGCUUUUAUGUACAUAUUUAUAUUUUAGGGUUUUUUGUUAAAAUCAUUAAAUGGGCUU